AUGGCAGAUACAUCAAACCUCCUCAACUCCAAUGAUACCCAAACUCAUCCUCUCCUCGAAAAAAUUGUCAAAACCUUCGACGAGAUAAUUGAACGGUUUAUAGGAAAUUUCGGUUGGGCUCAGUUGCUGCAAGUCAUAGUUGUAUCUUUUGCAUGGGUGUUUGAAGCGCAACAAACUUUCAUAAGUGUGUUCGCAGAUGCAGAACCAACAUGGCACUGCAUAGAUCCUUACAUCGAAUCAUGCAACUCAACUAUGGCCUCCAACUUGUGUAAAUUGCCUCGAAAUGCAUGGACAUGGAAUGAGCCAAUCCAAACAUCAACAGUCUCGGAAUGGGACCUAUCUUGUUUGGGUCCUGUUAUCGCAGGUUUACCAACUUCAUCUUUCUUCUCCGGUUGUCUACUGGGUGGACUCUUUCUUUCUACACUAGCCGACUCGUCUCUCGGUAGGAAAAACUUAUUGGUUAUUUCAUGUCUUAUGAUGUCUUCAUCAACUUUCUUAACAGCGUUUUCACCUAAUAUUUGGAUCUACUCAAUUUUAAGAUUCAUAACCGGGUUUGGCCGGGCAACAAUCUCCACUUGCUCACUUGUUCUAUCAACAGAAAUCGUUGGAAAAAGUCGCCGCGGUAAGGUGGGUAUUAUUGGAUUCAUUUGUUUCACUCUUGGUUUCUUAUCAUUACCAGCCAUGGCUUAUUUCAUGAGAGGGUCUUCUUGGAGAAUGCUCUACAUUUUAACUUCAAUCCCAACAUUGCUAUAUUCUGUAAUAGUUCAUUUCAUGAUUUACGAAUCACCAAGGUGGUUAAUGGUGCAAGGAAGAAAAGAAGAAGCCAUUAAUACUUUGAAGAGUAUUGCUUCUCCUGAUUCUUAUGGAACUGAUAAGAAUCUAUUGAACAUAAGUUUAUCCGGUAUAGAUAUAUCAAUAAACCCAGAACAAAGCAAUACAGAUUUGUAUUCCUCAAUCAAAAUGUUAUGGGAUAAAAAAUGGGCUUUUAGAAGACUAUCGGCCGCAAUGCUAGUUUCUUUUGGAGUCGGAAUGAUGUACUACGGGAUCCCAUUAGGCGUUGGGAGUUUGGCUUCAAGUAUUUAUUUAAGUGCUACGUUAAAUGCAUUAUCCGAGCUGCCAUCAUCGUUGAUCACCUAUUUCUUAAUAGGAAGAUUGAGAAGGAGAAGUUCAAUGUUGUUUUUCACAAUGUUGAGUGGUGGUUGUAGCAUCAUGUGUGUGGUUAUCCAGGAGGGACAACAAGGAUUGAGAAUCGGUAUUGAAUUAGUAUCAUUCUUUAGCGUGUGUACGGCGUUUAACGUGUUAUUGAUAUACACAUUAGAACUAUUUCCAACUUCCGUGAGGAGUUCAGCCUUGUCAAUGGUGAAACAAGCUCUGGUUUUUGGUGGUAUUCUUAGCCCAAUUUUUAUUGCAGCUGAAAGAGGAGUUGACGAUAAUGGAUUCUUAUCAUACGGAGUAUUUGGGUUAGUGAUUUUGGGUUGUGGGUUGUUUAUCCUUUGUUUGCCAGAGACAAGAGGUGAGAUCAUUUGUGACACCAUGGAUGAUGAAGAAGAAAAGGCUAAUAAUAUAAUUGUUAAGGCAUUUGACAAGAAGAUAUUGGUACCUUACAUGUAA